AUGAAGCUCGAUGACGAGGCGUUUGCUGCUAUGCUGGCCGUCACCCCACUGGCUACGCUGAACAAGUUGGCGAAAGAGACAAUGUCAGAUGAGGAGUCAAUGCUGCCUCUAGCUUUUGAAGGACUAGAAGCUCUCGAGGACUAUGAGACGGAUCAUCCGCCCCGUAGCAGCACCGAAAACCCGUGUCUAAUUAAGGGGACGGUAUCAGAGAUGUAUCGCACUGAGAUCGGUCACAUCAUUUCUCCUCUAGUCAACCGUGACCUUGGGAAGACCAAGGAAUUUCUCCAGUGCUUGGAGCAAGCAUGGCCUUUGCUCUUUGAUUCCGCCAUCGACAUCAACUCCAGCAAGAAUCUUUUUCGCCCUUCUGGCUCAUCGGAAGUCAAAGAGAAAUUUAUCGACAAUGAAAGCUGGAAUCAGAUCUGCCUGGGUCUCACUGUCAAAAGACUAUGGAGGCACGCCCGCUUCGGCCUCAAAUAUCUUAAUCCUGACAGCAAGGCAUUCGACAAGGAGGGUUCGGAAACCCAGCUCCAGCUUCAUUGGAUCAACACGAGCUAUUUCUCUCUCGAAGAUAGUCCACUGCUGUGA